CUAAAAGAAGAACCCCAUGUUGUCAAAGUCAUAUGUUUUUUAUUUUCCUUACCUAAAUUUGAUGAAUAAUUUGCAAAUUUCAAUUUCCAUCCAUUUUCUUUUAAAAAAGUGCGUCUCAAUUUCGGCAACCUAUAUGUGUUAUUCCAAAUCCUUAAACGACCUGAAUUACACGUGCAUCAGAUAACUAUACACACUAUUUAUUAUGCCUGAAACAGGUAAAGUUGGGGUCCAACCCCCAGUAAAAAUCGGGCACUACAUCCUUGGACAAACCUUGGGCGUCGGUACUUUCGGUAAAGUUAAAAUCGGAGAGCAUCAGCUUACCAAGCACAAGGUUGCCGUUAAAAUCCUGAACAGGCAAAAAAUCAAAAGCUUAGAUGUAGUUGGUAAAAUUAGGCGAGAAAUUCAAAAUCUCAAACUAUUCAGGCAUCCACACAUCAUCAAACUGUACCAAGUCAUCAGUACUCCAACCGAUAUUUUUAUGAUUAUGGAAUACGUUUCGGGGGGUGAACUGUUUGACUAUAUAGUUAAGCAUGGCAAACUACAAGAGCAUGAAGCGAGGAGAUUUUUCCAGCAAAUCAUUUCUGGAGUGGAUUACUGCCACAGGCACAUGAUUGUACACAGAGAUUUGAAGCCAGAAAAUUUACUCCUGGAUCAUAACAUGCACGUAAAAAUUGCAGAUUUUGGUUUAUCCAACAUGAUGAUGGACGGUGAAUUUUUAAGAACAAGUUGCGGAUCACCAAAUUAUGCUGCACCAGAAGUAAUAUCGGGCAAACUAUAUGCCGGCCCCGAAGUAGAUAUUUGGUCGUGUGGAGUUAUUCUUUACGCUCUACUUUGUGGCACGCUUCCUUUUGAUGACGAACACGUCCCUACCUUAUUUAGGAAAAUCAAAUCGGGAAUUUUCCCUAUUCCUGAUUACCUAAAUAAGUCGGUUGUCAGUUUGCUAUGCCAGAUGUUGCAAAUUGAUCCAAUGAAAAGAGCCUCUAUUGAGGAUAUUAAAAAGCACGAUUGGUUCCAGGCUGAUUGUCCAGCUUAUUUAUUUCCGUCACCUGUGGAACAAGAUUCUUCGGUUAUUGAUAUUGAUGCAAUAAGAGAGGUGUGUGAAAAAUUUGGAGUUCAAGAACAAGAAGUCCAUAGUGCUCUUCUCAGUGGUGACCCACAUGAUCAGCUAGCCAUAGCUUAUCAUUUGAUCAUUGACAACAAACGUAUAGCAGAUGAGGCAGCCAAGGCCGAAUUGAAAGAUUUUUACGUGGCAGGAAGUCCGCCUCCAGUUAGUGUUACACCUGUACCUGCGGAUUUCAAUAGCCCCUUGAAGCCGCAUCCAGAAAGAAUUGCACCGUUGAGAGAUCGCGUGGCCGCCGCUAAUCAUGCAGCUGCCACUGGAGCAGAUCGGAGUAGAGUGAAACGUGCAAAAUGGCAUUUGGGAAUUCGUUCUCAAAGUAAACCUAAUGACAUAAUGAUGGAAGUAUACAGAGCAAUGAAAGCUCUAGAUUACGAAUGGAAAGUUAUCAAUCCUUAUCAUGUUAGAGUACGACAUAGGAAUCAACUUCACGACAGAUACAUUAUGAUGUCAUUGCAAUUGUAUCAGGUUGACUAUAAGAGUUAUCUACUAGAUUUUAAAAGUUUGAGUACUGAAGAUGCAGAGUCUAAUAAUGGAAAUCCUGCCACAUUGAUGAUGGAUAAUGUACCUACUCCAGUUCAGACAGGAAAUGCAUUAACUAGUCUAAAACCUACCGGCCAUCAUACAAUGGAGUUCUUUGAAAUGUGUGCGGCUCUUAUUAUACAACUCGCUCGCUAAAUUUAUUUGCAAAAUCAAAUCAUAAAGUUUCUUAUUAUUUAUAGUAUUUUACUGUUAAAUGUUUAUGCUUCUUAUGUACUGGUUCAAAUUUUAGACGUUUAAGCUGGUAUUUUUUCUUUUAAAUAUUACAUCAUUGGUAUAUUUGUGGUGUAAUAUUUUUGUAUAUAUUUAGUUUAGAUUCAAGAAAAUAAAAAACUAGUUUUAGGUUUUACGGUGAAUUGAUUUGGGAAUGCCACCAACAAAGUAUUUGUGUACCUAUGUUAAAUUUAUAAUAUUGGAAAUAAAGAUUAUUAAUAUGUUGAA